AGUAUUAUUGUAUACAUAAAGUGAGUGUUAUUUUUAAAGGCAAAUGUGAUAACAAACUGUAUUUUAAACGAUAAAACAAAAACAAUUCAAACGAUAUAUAAAAUAAUAAAAAUAAUUGAAAGCAAUGUAUGAGUUGUUCACUAAAAUAAGUGAUCAGUUUUUGUGAUAAUCAAAACAACAACAAAAUAAUAUUAAGACACGUGUGUCUGAACCGUACCGAUAAAAUUCAGUGACCACUUUUUCACUGAUGACAAUGAGCGAACUAAUGUCACCGAUGAUUGACCACUUGUUGACGGCCAACGGCUGCGGCGGUGAUGACGACGACUUUAUGGCCGACAACAUGCUUACCGACGAUGACUUAGAUGUCGACUUAGAUCCGUGUCUAUUGGCCGACCUGUUGGCCACCGAUUUUAAUGGCAAUCAUUCGCUGAUACAGACAACGACGCCGACAACAAUGGAGCAGACAUUGAUGUUGAUGACCACCAAUGCUCAAGACAUGAUGUGUAGUACAAUGUCAGCGCCAGAUACUCCUCCGUCAAGCGACCGCUCAACGCCACCCAACUUCGACGAUCUGCUUAUGACAGCCACACAACCAACGAUCAAACCAUUGCCACCGCCACAGUCGAUACCGUUGCUGCCGACAUCGCACGACAUGAUCUCCAUUCAAAAUGGCCACCAACAGCAGCCGUUGGCCAGCCAACUGACACUCAUACCUGCGGCCAUCAAUUUAUGUCAUAUUGCCUGUCCAUUAUCGCCACUGUCGCCGCCAGCCGUUAUCACCACCAGCACUACUCAGCCGUUACAUUCGCCUACAUUGGCCAUCAAUUCGUCGUCAAACGACAACAAUAAUAUGAAACUAUUGUUAACAAACAAUAUCAUCAACAAUAACAGGUCUUCGACAAUAAAAUCAAGCAAAUCAUCAUCAGUUGAAUUGAGUAGUCAAUUGAAGAGAGAGGCAAGAAAAUUGCGUAACAGAGAGGCGGCCACUAUAUCGAGGAAACGCCAGAAAGAGUACGUACAGUCACUGGAGAACAGUGUUAACGGAUUGAUUCAGGAAAACUCGCGACUCAAGAGUGACAACGAUUGUCUAAGAAAACGAUUGGCCGAAUUGGAGAACAAUUGCAAUACAAUUAACAGCAAAAAAGAUUAUAUGUUUGUCGAAAGCAAUUGCAAGUGUCGGUUGUCGUCAUCAUCGUUGACAUCCACUUCGGGUUCAAACAAAAAGGCAGCGCUCAGCCUAUUAGCCGUUGUUUUUAUGUUAGGUCUCAAUUUGGCGCCAUUUAGUGGUAUUCUUAUUACAACCAAUACUGUGGGUGAAACAAACAGAAGAUUAGACGGACCCAGACAUGGACCGAGUCGUUCAUUACUGUGGGACUCAGCCGCCGAUGACGGCAAUACUAUUGAUUCAGAUAUCGUUACGCUCAACAAUACCGGAAAAUAUGCAAACAAUAGCCGCCAGUCGUAUACCAAUUGCAAGACAUUAUAUAUUAAUCAAACAGAAUCCAUACGAUUGGCCACUGAUUUAAGAGAUUGGAUGUCAAGAGUGGAAAUGGAAAAGCAAGUGGUUUUCAAUUACAAGAAGAAAAGAUUGAUGUCUCAAUUGAAGAGCAAUACUAAUCAUAACAAUAAUGAUAAUAAACUGAAGAAUCGUUUCAAUAAACCGAUUCCAUUGGCUAGACUUAAGGCAUGGAUUCAAAAGCGAACCGAAAGUAGCGGUGUUUUCAACGAUCUAAACGACUAUACAAUUGAUGACUACUAUUAUAAUUACGAUAAACGAAACGCUAAACUACCGCAAAUCAAUUACGAUGACCUAUUGGCGGCCAUUCAUCGACGUGACGAUACAUUCUAUCUGUUGUCUUAUUCAUCGAAAGAUCAUCUGAUAAUACCGGCAAUCAUUAGACAAAACACUACUUCCAGUACUACUAGUGGUGGUAAUAGUGAUAUCAGACCCAGAUUUUCACUGUUAAUGCCAUUGAUCUCUACAUUGAAUGCAUCGACAAUUCGCGGAACAAAUAUUACAUACAAUCAGAUGUCGAUUAUGCAAAUUGAUUGUCAAGUGAUUAAUACGAAAAUGGUUUUAUUCAAUAGUAAAACAACUAAUGGCAAGACAUCAUCAUCGGAUCAAUUGAUGGACAUCAGAAACCGUAACAACAAUAGUAAUACUAAUAAUAAUAUUACCGCUAAACCUAUCGGUGCCCGCAAUAAGACUUUAAACAACAAUAUUACCCAAAACUGAGUGUGCAAUACAUAGAGAAAGAGUAGAGAAGCAA